AUGGACUUGGAACUGCUUAAUUGCAGCAUCUGUCCAAAGCGGCCCUCCUUCAGCGACACAUCUCACCUACUUACUCAUGUCAGUUCCAAGGGCCAUCUAUCCCAUCUGCACAAACUCCAAGUGCGAAGCCACCAAGAAAUUGCGGCCGGCGUACAGCUGGCCACAUACAAUCAAUGGUACCAGCAACAUGGUCUGGGUCAGCUGCUCUCGGAGCGUAUGAUCAUGAAAGAGGCCAAAAAGGCCGGAAGAAGAAAAAAUGCAGCCAGGAAAGGAGCAUAUGUUGCACAACAGAGCCCAAGCAACCACGCGACGUCCGAGCAACCAAUGCCACUGAAUAGACCGACCAAAGGACGCAAGCAGGGUCAGCGCAGACAGACUCGGGGAAGACACGCCAGACGUGCAAUCGAUGAUGAUAGUGACCUAGACUUCAGCCCUGUGAAGAAAUCAAGGCCUAGAGCACGUCAAAGCCGUAUCACCUCUCCUGUCAGACGUGCCCAGUCCCUUGAUGGACAGCAUUCUUCUGACGAUGCCGUCCCCGUCGAGAAUCGCCCUCAAAUCCUUGUCACGCCGGAGCACAGCAAGCUUAAAGGCACUGUAUGGCCAGGCAUGGACCUGUUCGACGCGGCUUCGGAUGACAUGAAGAGGAAGAGGAACCAGAAGAAGGACGGCUCCGUGCUGAGAAGAAUGGAACGUCUGUCCGCCUUAGUUGAGCCGAGAGAGGUGGUAUACUCACCUGGUGGGCACGUCAAGAAAGCGAGGCAUAUCGACGAUCUCGAAGAUGACAGCAGCCUUAUUGAUGGUGAAUCUCCGCUUCCGAAGAUAAAGCCAGUACGGGCACGGAAAAGACAACCUCUGGCAGAAAAAGACCCCAACGCACCCCGCCUGGUGAGACGCAAGAUAAAGGGGCUUCCAGCGAAGAAACAGGCCGACUAUCCAUUUAUGCAUGGACUGCCUCCUCUUCCUUAUCUGCCCAGCUCUUCGACAGGCGAUUCAUACGGCCUCGGCACUCGUUUUCUUGCAACCGAGGAGGAUGAGGACGGCUUCAAGUCGAAUCUCAGUGACAUGCCUUCACGGCAGCGCCCAGCCCAGUUUACAAUUUUUGAGGACAGGAGUCCGGGAUAUACCGCGGCCUCUUUUGUAGAGGACGGGCGAAAUCACACCCAAGCUACUAAUCACCUCGUCCUUGGAAGAGAUUCGCAGACCGAGCUACCCGCCGUUACAGCGCCAUGGCUUCAGCCAGAGUACCAAUCCACCUGGCAAUAUACAAACCCUUAUACGUUGUAUCGGCAUAGUCACCGGGAGCAUGAAAACAUUUAUGAUACGAUGGAUGUCAAAGAAGGCGACCCACCUCUUACUCAGUCUCACCCGGAGUUUCAAGGGACAUGCACAAAUCCUUUAGCAUGGAAAUCCCCUGACCGGGGCAUGAUGGCUCCAUUACUGCCUUCAGAGUCCCCGUUCAGCAGCUUCUUUGGAUUGUUUCCAGGUGGCAUGCCACCUGACGACCCUUUUGUGACCACCAAGAACCCUUUGGCCCCAGCCUUGGAGCAUCUUGGUGGCGAACACGAUAGGCAGUCGAUGAAAGUGCCUCAGAGACCGCAUGCGGAUGGGAUGUCUGCUGUAGCCGGAAACAUCGAGAUUCAUCCCAGAGCUCUCUCAGCACCUCUCACCUGA